CUUUGAUCGGUGCUGUGGAUUCUGCGCAAUUCGAGUUGAAAAUGGUUGCGAGCGACGACGGCAGCUUGGAGCAGUUCACGCUCCUGGCCAAGACAGCGCGCGGACGGGCGUGCGUAGCAUUGGUCCAACAGGUUCUAAGCAACAAGAAGCUGUUUGUGUUCGGAGAACUGCUCGAUAUGCCGAAUGUCAAGGCUUUGGCCGAGAGCGACCAGGCCGACCAGCAAGGGCAUGCCCGUUUAUUGGCCAUCUUUGCACACGGUCGGUACCUCGACUACGUCCGACAGAAGCAGGAAGCGACUUUCCACAUUCCCGACUUGAACGCAGCCCAAGCACUGAAGCUGCGCAAGUUGACGGUGGUCUCACUGUGUCAAGAACAUAAGUCCGUGCCGUAUCGCAUCCUGAUGGGGGAGUUGCAGAUCGGUAGCGUUCGUGAAGUGGAAGACAUCGUUAUUGACACGAUCUACUCGGGACUAGUCGAAGGCCAGCUCGACGAAAAGAACGAAGUGUUCGAAUCAAGCUACUCUGUCGGCCGCGACGUUCAGCUUUCGGACAUCGACGACAUGAUUCAUCGACUCACGCAAUGGCAAAACGAUGCAAAGCAAAUGUGCAACCGCAUAGAUGAAGUGUUGAGCCACGCAGCGGCGGUGGAAGACGAGAAGGCUCAGCUAGACGCGUCCGUGAAGAAAGCAGUCGCGGCGACACGUCAACAACAGAUCAAAGAUCGCCAUCUCGCUACUGACGUCGACCCUGAGCUCAUCUAUGGCGACAUUUCAAGCGGCGCGUAUCGUCCGAUUUCUGGCCCCAGUGGAAAGCGCCGCAUGGGCCCGACAGCAACGCGCAAGGUGCCGCGCAACUAACUGGUAAUGACAUGUGCGAUUUUGAAAAUCUCACGUCGUUACGAUGAACUGUCAAAUACUUGGAUGACCACUUUGUGCACUACCUGCACUCGGCUACACAAAGAGCAAUAUAUUUUUGUUCAUUAGUUAUUAAGUGUUGUGGAUGGGUCGUCCAUAUUCAUAAAUAUAUCGUCAUGGGUGUGUGUUUCAA